AAAAAAACUCCGAAAGCAGACACAUUGGGUCGUUUCUACAAGAAGAAGAUGUCGUUUUACCUCGGAGUUCCUGCAAUAGUGAAGACGACCCAUUGCUUUGCUCGAGCCUCGAGAGGAGAAAGAAUGGCGAUUGGGUCUCCGGAAUUCGUCUGAGAAAGCUAGCCGACGAUACAGCGAUCGGAAUCUAUACGUAAGCGGCGUAUCCGAGACAGAGAUCCGGUGAAGACGCUCCCGAUUUCCCGCCAAUUGAAGAAAGGCGGGAGGGGAAGGUGAGAAUAGACGGAAGGUGUAGAAACAGCGGAGUUCAGGCUCUGCUUCCAGUUUCGAUUAUCGCUAUCGCCAUCAAACUUCUGAUACGAUUUGUUGGGUAGAUUUGAAGAUUUUAAUAGCGAUGAAGAAGUUAUUGGAGUUUGGGAGGAAGGCGUUUUUCUAUGCGAAGGUGCUUUCAGGAUAUGAAGAACGUAGAAUCCGGAAUUAUAGAUUGAUGCUGGAGAAGCGUCUCCAACAGGCACAAGAAAAAAAGUUGGCCUUGAGAAAGAUUCCUGAGCAGACUAUACUUACAGAAGUUCGUGCUAUGGUUGAGGAUAUGCAAGCGUUGAAUAAGAAGCUCGAAGAAACUGAGGCUGCCAUCGACGACUACUUCAAGCCAAUCAACACGCAAGCCGAGAUACUAAUGAAACAGCAACUCGAGGGGGAGGAGCAGACAAUGACAGAGAUGAUGAAGGUUCUGGAAACGAAAGCUAUGAUCGAGGAGGCCCAAGCACAGAAACCUGCAAAAGCAGAUCAAAUCGGUGCCUCAAACACCCAUACCCAGGAAACAGAGUCCCCCACCAAGCAGGAGGCUCAAAUGAAAUAAGCUUUACAGUUAUAACACAUGACCAGUUUACCUCUUUUCUUUUGCUCUUAGUUCCAGCGAUUUUAGAUAGCCUCGAGCCAUGUAGCAGAUUUAAUAAUUGCCUCGAGCCAUCUUAGGAAAAGAACCGAUAUCAUCGAACAUUAGCUAGUUGCUCAAUGUAUGUUUUGCGAGUAUGAGGAUUAAUCCAAGAUGCAUUGGCAAUCAAUGGAGCACGUCCUGGCUCUUUUUUCUUACUUGGUUUUGGAAAUCUUCAUGAACUAAUUCCAGAUUUGCAGUUUUUAUGUAAGUUCCAUGGCUAGAACUUGGGUGUGGAACCAGGUCGAAUCGACAUGUUAGCUCGAUUCAGUCUCUAUUAUCAUAUUCCAUUGUAGUUCUUGAAAUCAAUUAAGUAAAUCGACUCGAUCCAUCCGAAUCGAACUGAACGUCUACUCGAUUCUGGUGGUUAUGAAGA